AUGGCGUCCGAGGAAACUUCUGCUGCGGGCAUUUCCUCGCUGUUCGCAAAGAAAAAGGGAAAGAAGGGCAAGAAAACCAAGGGGUCCAAUCUCAACCUCGACUCGGGCAUCCCCAAAACGGAGGAGAAACCCAAGAUAGAGAAGCUCCAGGAGAUCCUGGGUGGCCCUGGCCCGGCGGAAGACGACGGCUGGGACGAUGUCGUAGAGAAGAAGAGCGUCGUGGCGACGGGAGGGAAGCACGUGUCGGACCUCAUUGACAUGACGGCUCUCAUGACCGAGGAUGAGUCGACGGCUGCCAAGCUAGAGAAACAAGACAUCAAGCAAGCUUUCCACGAUGCAAGAACUGUCAAGGAGGCGGAAAAGAAGGAAGAGCCGCAACAGGAGGAGGCGAAAGAGGAGGAGACUGCCACCAAGCCGAAGGGGCUGUCGGGCGACAUUUUCGGGGGUGGGGCGGCGCGCAGCGCCGGUGGGCUCGGGGGGGGUUGGAAGCAGCGCAUGGAGGAGCGCGAGCUGAAGCAGCGGCAGGAGGCGCUCAGCGUGAACAACACCUCUGCCUUCCCGUCUCUCAAGGACGCCAUGAGCGCUCUCUCAAUCCGGUGA